UGUAAAGAAAUCAAUAGAUUAAUCCUUAUGGGAAGGUCUGAAAAUGUAAUGUAUAAGUUGUCACAAGAUAUAAGUCUAGUCUAGUUUACUAUAAAUACUUGGUAUUGCACAAGGCCAAAUAGGACAGAGAGUUAAAAAUAAGUAAAUUCAUAACAGUGCUUGUCGUAGCAAUUCUCUCAUCAGUAACUGAAAGAGCAUCUUCUGGUUAAAAUCACAAAUUUAUGCUAUAGCUAGUGAGUCCGUUUAUGUGAAAAAAAUAAAAGCAGUGAACAAUUACACACAAGAGUUUCUCUUAUGAUUACGCAACAUCAUUAACUUCGUUAAGAAAAGUCUUGUCUUGCAUUGUGUACUGAAUGAUUAUUGUGACAAACAUCUGUGAAGAAUAAAUUGAUAGCAGCUGUAGAAAAAACAAAAUGAUCAAUGUGACAAUGUGGUUUUUUAUACUUUUUUAUUCAUUAUUUAUAUUACGAAAAUCUGAAACUGCAAGUGAUGUAAUAUCUGUAAAAGAAGUGAAAGCUGGACACUUAGCUGAGCUUCCAUGCUUAAGCAUUGAUGAACAUCAUCGUUUUAUGUUCUGGCAACUUGGAAAUAACGAUGUCAUUGGUCCAGGAAAUCCUUUAAAUGCAAAGAAAUAUAAUUAUGAAGUAUUGACUGGCACACUUCAGAUAAGAGGUGUGUCAACAGCAGAAUCUGGAUUUUAUAAAUGUAUUUCGAAAGGUUUAUUCGACGAGUCUAAAUUGAAGAUUAAUUCUGUUGAAUUAAUAGUAAAAAAUGAUUGGGAAAAAGUUUGGGAAAAUGAUUUUGAGGUACCUCUUAUAAUUAUAAAAAAUAUAUUAAAGUGUUAAGUAACUACAUUGAAUUAUACUUAAAUUUUAUGCUUAUAUUACAAUGCAGCUAAAACCUAGAAAAAUUUUACAAAUAAGUUAUAUUAAAUAAUUUACAAAUAAUUUAUUCUGCAUUUGUUGUACGUACUUGUACAGUGGCGUCCAAAGCUGAAGAUCGUGAUGGUUCUAUAAAAUUGUCUUCCACAAUAUUAA